AUGCGGUUUCUUGUCUCCCGUCUGUUCGCAAUUGGCCUGCUGGCCACCGCACUCCCCGUCGCCGCGGGACAUUUUACCAAGGGGUCGGCAAAGCUGCGCACAGUUGUCACGACUGACAUGGAACAGGACGACUUAGCCUCGCUGAUCCGAUUCCUACUCUACACCAAUGAACUCGACACGCAGGGCAUCAUCUAUACAUCUAGCCGCUAUCACUGGGCUGGCAAUGGCAAUGGCACGGAAUUGCGGUGGACUGGCACGCGGACCAUCCAGGAUAUUGUCCUCAAGGCGUACGCUCAGGUGCACCCGAAUCUACGCCGCCAUGAUCCAUUAUACCCGACGGCGGAGGAGCUAUUGCCCGUGGUCAAAAUCGGCAAUAUUGACUUCGAGGGCGAGAUGGCUCAUGACACAGACGGCUCUGAUCUUAUCCGAUCGCUGCUGCUGAAUGAGGACCCGCGGCCGUUAUACUUGCAGGCCUGGGGCGGCACCAAUACUAUCGCGCGUGCUCUAAAGUCAAUCGAGGAGCGGUAUUCUGGCUCGCGGCAGUGGGCGCGGACUAAGGAUACCGUCUCCCGUAAAGCUGUCAUCAUGGCCAGUGGUUUUCAGGACGACACGUACACGGAUUACAUUGCUCUGCAAUGGCCGCAGAUACGCGUCGAGCAGAUGUCGACCGGCUAUGCGACCUGGGGCUACAACUGUAAUCUGGGUCAGGGCAACGUUCGUGGGCUGCCUGACGAUCUCAAGUAUUUCAGCGGUUACUGGAUUAAGUCGUUCGUCGAAAUGGGGCCGUACGGUAGGCUCUAUCGUUCCUGGCUUGACGGUCAACACAUGCCCGGGGACCCGGAGGACAUCUUCGGCAAUCCAGCCAAAGCGGCCUCUGGCUGGUGCAAGCCGCUUGCUCCGUACGAUUUUCUCUCUGAAGGCGACAACGUGGCGUACAAUCCUCUGUUAAGCACCGGCAUCCAGGACCCAGCGAACCCGAACCUCGGGAGCUGGGGCGGCCGGGCCACGCAGAACAGCACAUCACCGAAUCUGUGGGUGAUGGUCGACAGCGAGAAGAACCAGACUGGCACCGAAGUUGGCAACUACACAACAGACCGCUGGAUGGCGGCCGUCCAGAACGACUUUGCGGCUCGCAUGCAGUGGACAGUGACGCCGGAGUACCAUGACGGAAAUCAUGCGCCCUCGGUUGAGAUCCUGAAUAGCAGUACGGUAAAAGGACAUCCUGGGGGGACCGUGACGCUGACCAGCUCGGCUCGCGAUCCGGAUGGCGACAAGGUCACUACGUCCUGGUGGCAGUACUUCGAAGAAGGCACCUACCCAGAAACGGUGAGUAUAGUUCAGCAUGAUCAAAAUUGGGCAACCGUGACGAUCCCGACCGACGCGAAGCCCGGUCAAACUAUCUCGAUCAUUUUGCAAGGGACGGACGAUGGGCAGUUCCCGUUAACUCGCUACGACCGGGUUUUCAUCGAAACCACAUAA